AUGGUUUCCAUACCAUUUGUUUUGGAAAACGAACAAAAGACAGUGAAUAGUGAACUCAUAGUCAUUUCAAGCAAAGAUGAUGAAAAAUCCAAUCAAAGACAAGCUCCGUCCCCUAAUGUCAAAUGCCGUAGGAUGCGUUGGUCUGAAGAAGAGAAACGAAUAGCUUCAGAAGGCUUCAAAGAAUACAUUAUGAAUAAUACAUUGCCAUCAUUCCAAAAAAUGCACGAGGUCAUGAAUACAAAUCCAGGUGUAUUUCAAAGAAGUGUUGCCACUAUUAAAACCUGGGUCAAAAAUGAAAAGCUGAAAAAAUCAAGAGAGGGAAUCAAAUAAUGGGAUAUCCAAUAUUUUGACUAUAUAUGUAUGAUAUCAAAUUAUGUUUUUAUUUUUUCUCUAUAUAUGUUAUUAUUCUAACGU